AUGUCAAAUGCGGACCCAGAGGUGUCGACACAGAGCGGGGGCUACGAUGUGGAGCUGUUUGUGGACACUCCAGACUACGAUCUGAUCUGCACCAUAUGCCAAGGGGUCCUCAGGUGUCCAGUAAGAGCUGCAUGCCACCACAUUUUCUGCAAGAAAUGCAUCUUACAGUGGCUAAAAAGACAGGAGACCUGCCCCUGCUGCAGGAAGCCGGUUAACCCCAGUUUGAUCUUUGUCAUGUUCAAGCUGAGCAAGUCAAUUGGACGAAUGAAGGUCAAGUGCAAGAAUGAGAUCCGUGGCUGUGAAGAGACCUUCCCCCUCUCGGAGCAGUACUGCCACAGCAUGAGCUGCCUGUUCGAGCUCAUCCCCUGCCCCUACCAGGGCUGCAGGGCUCAGCUCCUCCGCAGGGACCUGGACACCCACGCUCGCCACUGUGAGCACUGGAGGCAGCCCUGCCACAUGGGCUGUGGGACGAUACUCUCCCACCGCACCCAGGCCCAGCACAACUGCUACAAGCAGCUGAGGCAGGAGUAUGAAGCCAGGCAGAGGAACCACAGGGCCAUCGCCACGGCCCUGCAGAGGAAGAUGAGGAGGAUGCAGAGCACUAUGGCCCACAUGAAGCGACAGAUAGGGCUCAUCUGUGAGAGCCUGGAGGUGAUGGAUGACCUGCAUGAGGUGGAGGAGGAGGAGCUCGGGGAAAGCAGCGGCAGCUCCAGCGGGACUCCAAGCAGCAGCAGCAACUGCUGAGAGACCAGCCAGGGCUGGUGGCUACUGCAUGUGGUUAUUCAGAUGAAGGUGUGUGUUUGGAACAUGUGGGUAUUUGAUUAAAUUGGGUGCAUUUGUAGCAGUUUUGUGAUGUAUUUUCUUCUAUUUUGUAAAUAAAGCAUUUAACAUUA